ACUGGAUUCCUUUUAAAAACAAAAGAAUAAGUUUAGUGAUAAUACCAAGAAAGUGAAUGUGUGUACAUGUACAUUCAUUCUAUUAAAACUUUUUUAUGGAAUUGCAGAGUGGAACAAGGUCACCACUAUUAAAUUAACAUAAAUAGUUUUCGCUACAUAACAAAUUGAGCUAUUUUGUUGAAAAUUAAAACACAAAUAACAUAUAUCCAAACCUGGCAUUAGAUUUCAUAUGAAGUGGGUUACAGUCAAGGUCACUGCUGGUAAAUAUUGAAUAAUUGCUCUAUGACUGGCGUCCUGUGGAGAUUGGUGGGUCUUGUAAACUUUUAGCUUGCUACCACUUUGGAGGCCACAUUUUUCGUCUUGAUGAAACUUUGUCAACAUUUUUUCUGGACAAUAUCUGGAUAACAUGCAUCCAAAAAUAAGAUAACCAUAUCAAAUCUUAGAAGAAGAAGGUUUACCACUCUAGAGGCCACAUGUAUUACUCAAUCUGCCUGAAACUUGGUCAGAAUCUGGGUCAGGUGUGUCCAACAGCAAGGUCACAAGAUAGUAUUGUCUCACUAUACAAGACAAAUGGCAUUUACCAAUAGGUUUUCAUUCAUUUUUUCCCUUAAAAUGUGUGUUAUUUUAUAUCUUGAAAGCAAUACUGUGUUAUCACCAUAAGGCGUUUAUUGAUAGUACAUUUCGUCUUCCCCUGACGAUUUACUGACCCAGCACUGGCCCUGAAAGUCUUUGGGAUGAAAUUUACAGGCAUGCAAUGCAUAACAAUAAGGGGUGUGAUUUUGUCAAGGAUCUGCGGAUUUUGUUGUUCGGGGUAAAUUCUUCGAUUCGCGUAAAUUCGUAAAACUCGCGAAGGGGGGUUCGACCAAAUCCACGGGUGUAUUACAUAACCGGCCCGAAAAAUCCGCGGCCCGCGAAACAUCUCCGCAAAUUACACUGGUAUUCUAACUUAGCAUUUUGUGAAUCGAGAAAUGUUAUUGGCUGUCGUUUCCCAAUCUUCCAAUUAACAUCGGCCUUGUAAAAUGUUUUUCAUAUUUAUUUUAUCAUUUGAUUGCAAAUGGCGCCUUUGUGAAGCGAAAAUGAAGACAAUUGAACAAACGAAUGUCACAAAAUCUCGGAGAUUGAAAAAAAUAUUGAAAAACAAACGUAUAUUGGAAAACGAAGAAACAACAGAGGAUAUAAAUCAGAAAACGAUACCACUUUCUGAAUGGGCACAGAAGAUCGACUGGCUUGAUCAUUUGGAUUACUUGUGUAUCGGAUUGAUUUGUGGAAUGAUUACCGUAUUCUUCAUGACACUCUUCGCCAUAAGAUGUGCUGCGAAAAAAUGUAGAAAAUGCAAUCAGUGUCUUCAUAAAUUGAUUUUUAACGUUCCUCCUGCUGAACAAUGCAGAAGGUAUGUGAUCGAGGAUUGGGGAUGUUGUGUUGCUAAUGGAAGAGACACUACUUCUCCACGGAGGAGGACGAGCCACCAAGAAACAACCGAGCCUUUAGACCGUUUAGACACUUCUGAGGUCAAUGGCCAUCGUCAAGAGGACCAAAAUUCAUAAUUGACGAUGGUUCUCAGGAUAAGUGGUAAUUGCGAGAUAACAGUAACCGUGUCAAGAUCACAGUUCUAGGUCAAAUAUACAAAAUCCAUCCUGAACAUUGGGUCCUGAGCAUGACUUUGUUCCGCAUGGAUGGAUUUUCAAAUACCAGUAACUUGGCAGCAGUGAUAAGCAUUAUGUGAAAGCAUGUUCAAUAUGAAGUGACAAGCAGUAUGUAAAAUUAAAUAUGACCAUAUUUUUAAGUAAAUAUUAUUUUUUAAGGUUAUUAACUUCUUUAGUAUAUAUGAUUUUAAUGUCAGAAUUUACAUUACUUGAUUUUAAACCAACACUUGAAUAUGAACGAGGCAUGUUAAUUUAAUCUUCUUAUUGUUCCUUGCAUCAAAUUUUGAUUAUUUUAAUGAGUUCGAAACAACAAAUUUACACAAACAAGCUGUCUUUACUUUUAUUUGUGGUAGAACCAAAUAAUUGUUCUUUGUUUAUGAGUCAUGUGAACGCAUCUGCAUAUACUAGGGGGUAUUUCCCAAUAGUGUAGAUGUCUUUCGUACAUGAACGAGUUUUUGAUUGGACAAACACAAAAUGUAUUUUGCUGUGUAUGUUGUUUUUUCUGUUACCACUUCUUCUGAACUAGUGCUCUAGUGUUUAUAUGCAUCAACGUUUUAUCUGAUUGGAAGUAAAUAUAUUGCUAAUAGGACCAUACAAACCCGACUGCGCCAAAAAUUUUCUGUAGAUACUUUUGGGACAGCAACAUAUAAAUAUUCUUUCAAAUUCUAAAAUAUUCUCGUAAAUUAUUCUGUAAAAAUAUGUUGUAAGCAAUUGAUUUCAUAACUACAGUUUUGUGUUUUUGUUGAAAUUUUUGGAUGUGGAUUACUAAGCAUUUCUGGGAUUUCGUUAAAUAUAUAAAACAAAUACAAUGUGAGUCAGUAUUUUUAAAAGUGUUCAUAAUGAGAUAUAAUACGUGCAUGUAUAGUCAUAUUUUUAAACAUAUUUUUAUGUUUGUGUAUUAUCAUAUAGUUAAGUCGUCAUAGAGCAAUGCUUUUCUUGAUUGUUAUUUGUAUCAUGACUUAAGCCAUAUAUUAUUUGACAAGCUGUUAGUGUAAAGUUGUGCCAUAACAUGUUAUGAUAUUUUUUAACGUCGUCUUUUAUGUACUUAAGAAAUAAUCGACGGGUAACCGUUGGUUAUUGCGGUAAUAACCAACGUUAUGGAGUUUCGAUGCGUAGGAAUUAAACCACGAGGACGUAGCCCGAGUGGUUUAAAAGAAGAAUCGGAACGACAUACCGUUGGUUAUCACCGCAAUAACCAACGGUUACCCGUCGAUUAUUUCGAUUCUAACACGAUUUCAUUAAUAAGUUAUCCGCGAUUUAAAGGUUAUAAAGGACAAUUAUAUUAACCGAACGUCCUCCACUUUUCCGAGAAAACGUGACGUCACCACAACAAUUAAAAUCAAUUGACGGCGUCUUCAUUCAAUGCGCGGACAAUCAAAGUGACAACCAUAGGUAUAUCGGGGGAAUAACCAACAGUAGUUUUUCUUCUUUGUAUAUAGAAAACAAGUCUCGUGCCGUGGUAGAAUUGUAAAUAAUGUAUUUUCGUUGUUUUUAAGUAACAAUAAUGUAUUUUAUAGGCUUCUAAGAAGUUGUUGCUAAUCAGGUCAUCUACGAUAUGAUCGGGGUGAUACUCGAUUUUCUAAAAAAAUCUUAAUUGCGCAAUAGUGCUCGAAUUUGAACUCAAUAUUUUAAAUCAAUUAUUUUAACGAUGUUUUAAAAAAGGAUAAGCAACAGCUUCUUAGAUUUAUUAUGUAAUAUAGAACUGAUUUGUAGAGAUUUGGAACUCUGGUAAUUGUAACAUAUAUACAUAUGGGUUUACAUGAUUAGAAAUGCAAAUUCUCUAAUAUUUCUAAUAUAGAAAGGUUAACAAUUGUCUAAUCAAAAGUCUCUGAUAUUUCUAAUAUAGAAAGGUUACAUACAUUUGUCUAUUGUAUAUAAUUGAAUGUUUGUAUUGUUUUAUUGUAUGUAAUUGAGACUAUAAUAAAGAAUAAAUACUAGUUGAGUUGCAAUGAAAUCAAUAUUUCUUUUAUUGUUAAAGGUACAUGUAUAUUAUUUGAUUUUUUAUACAAAUGGUAAACAUAACCUGCUUAUUCAUAUAAAAAAAAUACCAUACACAUUUUAGGUACAAUUACAUAUCACAGAAAUAUUUUCAACCAUAUAAAAUAAAAAGACUGAAGUUUCAGUGCAGGCGUGAAAUUACUAGUUGAAACUUCAUAGUUUAUUAAUGACUGUGGCAUUGAACACAUGUAUGUAUAAACAACUGACAGUUUUGUAAAUAUGCUGGCUUUCCUUCAACACACAAUAUUAUAACCUAUCGAAUAAAUUGAUCAAAACAGUUUUAGAAAGGCGAUUUAAGUAUUCAUGCAAUGGUAUGCAUACAUGGCAUUAUGAAAUCAUGCUUGUGUGAUGAUUCUUUACUGAUUUUUUAAAUGAUUUAUUUUAUCAAUCAUUUUUAUGUAAUCUUUCACAUAAUUCUGGUAAUUUAAAGCAAUAAGUUGAAAUCAGUGUUACCUUUAUGAUCAUUAAACAUAAGGGUACAUCAGUGUUACCUUUAUGAUCAUUGAGCAUAAAGGUACAAUUAAUUGUAUGUAUGUUGUAUUUGCAAUUAUGCUUUCACGUAUUAAAAUUUGUUUAUAUGUGUCCAAUUCAAUAUUCAUAGAAGCUUUUUGCGUGUAAAAUUGGAUGUUAUUCAAAAAGAUGUGUUAAUUUGUUUUGUUUUUUUGUGUUGACUAUAUUAUGAUGGGUGCCUUUGGUUUUUAUAUUUUGAUUGAAUCUUGCGUAAAGUAUCAGAUUUAGUUUACAACUUUCAUUAAAGUUACUUGUUAAAAAAAUGGCAUAUAGCUUUGGAGCAGUUCAUUAAUUGUUGAUUUUAACAUAACAUUGAAAACAAAUAUGCAUCAUUAUAUAACUUGAGCUGACAUUAGAUCCAUGUAUAAUUCGAAGUGAAUUUUCAGGGCUUUGUAAGUAAUAGACCUAGGCUUUGGUUUUCUGAUUCGAAGCAAAGUUGUGGUUUGCAAUUAAAAGGUCGUAUCAAGGUCAAAAUUUUAACUUCUAUCUCUUUAGGUUUUUUUCCAUAGCUGAAUAUAUCUGAAUUCAUUGAAGGAAUUUAAAAUAAUUUGGCAAAAAUGUUAAUCUGUGUCGUGUCAAGUAAUAUGUUCCACGUAAAAACCACAUUAUUAUCUUAAAUGUCAAUGUCAUAUUUAAAGGUCAAAGGUAAAAAAAAAAUAUGUAAAAAAAGAGCUCGUUUUAGCUGUAAUCUUCUUAUGUAUUAGAGGAUUUAAAAAUAACUUGGCACUAAUCUUAACCAAUGCCAGACUGUGGAAUAAACACAAAAACCAGGAAGCUACCUUUAAGGUCAAAGUCAUACUUAAAGAAUGAACACAUAGCAUAUUAAUAUACACAAUAUCACAAGAAUCAAUGAUACUUAUUUUUUCACAAUCAUUCUAGGAUAUACUAAGCUUUUAUUGUUGCACAAUAAAAAUAACUAACAAAUAUAUAACAUAUUCAUACACAACAAUAAAAUACGAACAGGCCAAGUAAAAUGGAAUAGCCAUUUAAGUAUUAAAUGCUUAGAAUGUGUAUUUAAAAAUCACAAAAGAUUCAUGCAACCAAUGGUUCCAAGUAAGAGUGACUCACAACAUACAACAUGUAGCCACAUAUCAUUUGUUAAAGAAAAUGAAAAAAAGUUACUCUGACAAAUGUUCUUUCUGUAAAACAGAAACAGAAACUCUUGUUCAUUUAUUUUGGGGUUGCAAGUCAUACCAAUUUGUUUAAAUCACAUCACAUCUGCUAUUAAAGCAUAGAUAAUAGUUUCAUGCAAAAUAUUUAUAUUGAGAUCAGUUUGUAAAUAAAUAAGACAAGUAUAACGUUGUAUGUCUCGAAACAAAAUGCUUUAUUUAGAAUUGUAUACGUAGAAUGGUAACCCCUUCAAUUCAUGGUCCGAACAGUAGCUGCCAAAUAGCAUCUGCAGUUAUACAAAAACAUUUUGAACACGCAUGUAUAAAAGUUCGUAGGAAUGGUUGAAAUAAAGAUUUUAAUACUAAUUUACCUUCAGAACUAUAAGUACUUUUGUAAUAUAUUUUUAUAUCUUUGGCAUGCAUUAUUGUAACACGACUGCGUGUACUGUACUUUCUUAGUAUUCCAGCGAUGUUUGUGUUUGUAUGCAAAUGUACAAUGCUUUUUUUGCAAAUACAAUGUAUAAAAUAUAUAUAAUAAAGUGCUUUUUCGAA